GCCAUUCACAUGAGGCAGCAGAAGCCAUAAAUCAAUCAUUCAAAAUAAAUCAUAAACCGCUUUUUCCUGCACAACAUCACUGCCACACGUUCACUCUCUGAUUGGCUUCUCUUUUAAAGUGUUGGGAAUGUUCUGCCAAUAAACCUCUGACCACAACUAUGUUGGCUCCCCAGCAGUACUCAUAAACCAGAACAGCCAUGUCUGAGGGACCGAAAAAGACAAAGUACUCAGCAACCCGCAGGUUACUGCUGAAGCAAAAACUACUGAAGAAAGCUGGGGUCUUGCUGGUCCAGGAGCAAAGCAACAAGGUGACAGAGAGGGAGAGCACCUUGAACGAGAGAGUACCACCGCUGAAACUCUCCGGCCUAUCUGUGCAAGAGCUUCAGGAGCUCUGUAAGGAACUGCACAAGAAAUGUGACACAGUGGACGAGGCACGAUACGAUAUCGAAGCCAAAGUACUCAAGAAUGAGAAAGAGCUCGCGGACCUGAAUGCAAAGAUCACCGAGCUGAAGGGGGGGAAGCGACCUAACCUCAAGAGGGUCAAGAAGUCUGCCGAUGCUAUGCUGGGGGCUCUGACUGAGGCCAAACUCAGCUCCAAGUCAGACUUUAAGUCCAACCUGAAGACAGUCAAGAAGGACAAGAAGGAAGAGGAGAAAGCAGACCCGGGUGACUGGCGUAAGAAUGUGGAGUCCAUGUCUGGAAUGGAGGGCAGGAAGAAGCUUUUCAAUAGCUGAAACAGUUGAAAUACACUGGCUCUGUAGAGAUCUGUGGCUGCAUUACCUGAUUGUUUACUAAUUCAUAUUUAGGAUUUUCAUGAAAAUAUAUUUUUGCAGUGAGAUUGUGUGUUUUCGGAGAAAAGUAUGAAGUGUGAUGGUAUUUUACACUAAAGACUAUGGGAACUAUUUCGACUGUGGGAACUAAUCAAUAUUUUUAUUAAAAACGAUUUAGUGUUG